GAUGAAGACAGGCCCAGAAGAGGCAGAAUGCAAAAACGGGAGAGUUUUGCGCUGGUUAAAGGGGCGGUUCUUUAUCUCCCGGAAGGCGAAGAGGCACAGGAAGUAGACAAUGAGGAAGCCCCGCCCCCUACGCUGCCCCGCUCCCAAACGAAAAGCUCCAGAGCUCAACACUGCCACCUGCAGCACAUGGUCGCGCUACUGCGGCCUGAAGACAGACUCAAACUGGCUGUGCGUCUGGAGUCCCUCAGAGAGAAUCACACUCGUUAUCUCUUAAUUGUAUCGAGAGCUUCAAACGAAGAGGAAAAUAUUCUACUAGGAGUUGACUUUUCAGAAGGUGAAAGUGUGUCCUGUACAAUCGGACUGGUGCUCCCAGUUUGGAGCGACACACAGGUCUAUCUUGAUGGGGAUGGGGGUUUCAGUGUCAGUUCUGCAGGACAGACGCACAUCUUCAAACCCAGCUCAGUGCAGACCAUGUGGUCUCUUCUCCAGUCUCUGCAUCACUGCUGUCAGGUGGCCCGUGUUGGUUCUGUACUCGACUGGUCCUGGUUCUAUCGGAGUCAGCUGUGUUCGGAUCAGAGCUGCCUGAACGAGUGGAACGUCAUGUCGGACCUGGAGUCAAUGAGACCCGAUACAGCCCGGCUGCAGGGGAGCAGUCGUUCUGAGAGGGAGGAGGCUGAGCGUUUGAUCAAAACGAAGCUGAAGGAAAUCAUGUGGAGCCAAGACUUGGAGAACGUGACCUCAAAACAGAUUCGUUCAGAGUUGGAAGCACAGACAGGAUACAACACGACAGAGUUUAAAGAAUUCAUUGAUAAACAGACGAUGGUGAUUUUGGCUCAAAUGGACAAACCUUCCAAAAUAUUUGACUACCUCUACUUGGGCUCGGAAUGGAACGCAGCGAACUUUGAAGAACUUCAGAGAAACGGCGUUGGCUUCAUUCUGAACGUGACGCGUGAGAUUGAUAAUUUCUUCCCGGAGUCCAUGCAGUAUUUCAACAUCCGCGUUUACGACGAGGAGGCAACAGAGCUGCUGCCUUACUGGAACAAAACCUACCAGUUCAUCAGCAGAGCCAGACAGUCUGGUAGUUGUGUUCUGGUUCAUUGUAAGAUGGGGGUGAGUCGCUCUGCCUCCACGGUGGUUGCCUUUGCUAUGAAGGAGUGUGGCUGGAGUCUGGAUGAGGCUCUGAGGUACGUGAAGGAGAGGAGGGGCAUCGCGAACCCCAACCCCAGCUUCAUGAGGCAGCUGAGGAUCUACGAGGGCAUCCUGGACGCCAGUAAGCAGCGACACAACGCUCUGUGGAGGAGGAAGUCCAGGGAGUUUCGGGGGCUGCCCUCGCAGGGGGACAGCGAGGAGAGUGAGGAGGAGGAGGAGGAGGAGGAGGAGGAGGAGGAGGAGGAAGGGCAGGGAGGGGCGCACGCAGCACCACCCCAAAUCUGUGUGCAGGGGUCCGAGCUGGAGGGCAGGGCGGGGAACCAGGGUCCUGCUGGUUCUGUGUCGCACCCUCCCGGUGCUCCCAGCGCUCCCAGCUCCCAGGAGUCUGGUCUAACUGGUCUGCAGGUCCCAGCAGGCAGAGCCAGAGAGACCAAGAGAAUGAACCUGUCAGCCCUGAUGAGAUCCAUCAGCGAGAUGGAGGGAGAGGAGGAGAGAGGGAAUGAGGGAGAGGAGGAGAGAGGGAACGAGGGAGAGGAGGAGAGAGGGAGCGAGCGAGAGGAGGAGAGAGAUGAGAAGUUACUCAUGGCUCCAGAAGCUAUGGAAACGAAUUUUGAUUGUCAGAACUGUGGGAACCAGAGCGUCCGGCCGGCCAAUCGGAGGCAGGGGCAGAGGUCACCAGGGGUGAAGAGGCGGGGUUUGUGCAGCAGCGAGGGCAGGGAGAAGAAGAAGGGGCUGAUUCAACAGAGACACAUCGAUCACUCCCCCGACAUGAACCCCCGGGGGGGCAGUCCCAGGCAGGGCCCCACCCCAUCUCGUAAACACUUCACCCUGAGCCCCAAAAGCAGCCGUCGACAGCAGCCGGAGGGGGCCCCGGAGCAGCGCUGCAGGCCUGGGGGGCCGGGGGGGCCCGGGAGGGGCAGGACCCAGCAGAAGAAGAAGAGCAAAGCCAGCGGCCGGGCAGGGGGGGGCAGCGCUGAGGCAAGAAUGAGCCGCAAGCUCUCCUUCCAGCCAGAGUCUGGGAGGGUGAAGAAACAGGCUGGGGUGAUAGAGACGCUGGGGGGAGGAGGAGGAGAGGGGGGAGAGGGGGGAGAGGGGGGAGGAGAGGGGGGGGCCAUGAUCGCCAGGAUGAGGCGUCUGCAGUCUGUCCACCAGCUGAAACAGGCUGGGCUGGUGUCGAAGGUGAGGCUACAGAUAGGGGGAGGAGGAGGAGAGAGGAGGGGGGAGAGGGGGGGAGGAGAGAGGAGGGGGGAGAGAGGGGGAGGAGAGAGGGGGCUGGAUAUUGAAAGGGAUGAGGGAGGGGAGAGAGGAGAGAGGGUGCUGGAUAUUGAAGGGGAUGAGGGAGUGAAGGGAGGAGAGAGGGGGCUGGAUAUUGAAGGGGAUGAGGGAGAGAGGGUGCUGGAUAUUGAAGGGGAUGAGGGAGAGAGGGGGCUGGAUAUUGAAGGGGAUGAGGGAGAGAAGGGAGGAGAGAGGGGGCUGGAUAUUGAAGGGGAUGAGGGAGUGAAGGGAGGAGAGAGGGGGCUGGAUAUUGAAGGGGAUGAGGGAGAGAAGGGAGGAGAGAGGGGGCUGGAUAUUGAAGGGGAUGAGGGAGAGAAUGGAGGAGAGAGGGGGCUGGAUAUUGAAGGGGAUGAGGGAGUGAAGGGAGGAGAGAGGGGGCUGGAUAUUGAAGGGGAUGAGGGAGAGAGGGGGCUGGAUAUUGAAGGGGAUGAGGGAGUGAAGGGAGGAGAGAGGGUGCUGGAUAUCGAAGGGGAUGAGGGAGAGAAGGGAGGAGAGAGGGGGCUGGAUAUUGAAGGGGAUGAGGGAGAGGGGAGGAGAGAGGGGGCUGAAUAUUGAAGGGGAUGAGGGACAGGGGAGGAGAGAGGGUGCUGGAUAUUGAAGGGGAUGAGGGAGAGAGGGUGCUGGAUAUAGAAGGGGAUGAGGGAGAGAAGGGGGGUGAGCGAGGGGAAAGAGGCAUGGGGUAGACGAGAGCUGAGAGAGAGAGGCUGGGCACAGUGUCUCUGUAGCAGUUGAUGGGGGUGUACGGUGAGGGAGGAGAGGAGAGGAGAGGAGAGGCUGUAGCAGGAGCUGCACACAGACUCAAACACACUGGACUCUGGGUAAUUGAAAGUAUAAGAGGCCCUCUGAAUGCAUGGCGAGGUGUUAGGCUUCAUUCCAGUACGUUUGGGGCAGGUGUAAUAAUGCUGACGGCUGUAGUGAGCUUCUGGGGGCUUAAGGGUUCGUUUUCCAUUUCAGUUGACUCUGUGCAUCGUUUCAUACAGCUGUGCAUAUUUAUAUAUUUCUGAUUGAGAGGAGGUGGAACUGCAGGGUACACAAACCAAACGCAUGCAGGUUUGUUUUCGGUAUCCACGUGUGAUUUUUCAAGACGGGUCACAAAGAAAUCACAAUAACUAAACACAGUGAAUAAUAUCGAAUAUAUAUAUAUAUAAGGAGUAGUCUCUGUUUAGUCAUUAACCAUGAUGAGUAAAACAUGAACCAAAGUCCACUUGUUUGUUGUUUGCAGAGACUGGGUGGGUAUGAAAGCUUUAUGAACUUGGGCUGCGUACAAAUUUUCACUAUAAUAUAUAUAUAUAUAUAUAUAUCUGUGUGUGUGUGUGUGUGUGAGUCAAUCUCCCAUUCAGUUACUGUGUACUUAAAAUGUGCAGUUCUGAAAGCAACACAUAGUUCUAUAACAGAACACAGAUUUUCUGUGUUAAUCUCUCUGCACAAACCGUGCUUGCAGGGAGCGCUGCACUGCCUAGGGAACCUGCACGGGGAAAUUGCCCCCCCUCCCCUUCCUCCUCCUCCUCCUCCUCCUCCUCUCCUCCUCAUCCCUCCUCCUUUCUCUCCCUCACUCCCCUCCCCCGCCUCUCCUCUCCCCAUCCCUCCUCUCCUCCUCUUCCUCCUUCUCCUCCUCUUCUCUCCCAUCCAUCCUCCCUCCCCAUCCCUCCACUCCUCCCUCCCCUCCUCCUCCUCCUCUUCCUCCUCCUCCUCUCCCCAUCCCUCCCCAUACCUCCUGUCCCCAUCCCUCCUCUUUCCUCUCUCCUCCAUCCCUCCUCCUUCCUCUCCCUCACUCCCCUCCUCUGCCUCCUCCUCCCCAUCCCUCCUCUCCUCCUCCCCGCCUCUUCUCUCCCCAUCCCUCCUCCCCCCAUCCCUCCACUCCUCCCCAUACCUCCUGUCCCCAUCCCUCCUCUUUCCUCUCUCCUCCUCCAUCCCUCCUCCUUCCUCUCCCUCACUCCCCUCCUCUGCCUCUCCUCUUCUCCCCAUCCCUCCUCUCCUCCCCUCCUCCUCUUCUCUCUCCCCAUCCCUUCUCUCCUCCCCAUCCCUCCUCCCUCCUCUCCCCAUCCCUCCUCUCCUUCAUCCCUCCUCUUUCCUCUCCCUCACUCCCCUCCCCUGCCUCUCCUCUCCCCAUCCCUAUCUCCUCUCCUCCUCUCUCCCUACCCCUCCUCUCCAUCCCUCCUCUCCUCUCUCCCCUCCUCUUCUCCCUCUCCUCUCCCCAUCCCUCCUGUCCUCCCUACCCCUCCUUUCCUCCCUCUCCCCUCCUGUCUCCCCAUCUCUCCCCUCCUCCUGUCUCCCCAUCUCUCCUCUCCUCCCUCCCCCUCCCCCCCCAUCCUUCAAUCUCCAGUCAUUAACCAAUCAGCUGCUGCUUCCCUGAUUCACUGGGAGCCCCACAGGCACUGCUGAACUAGGAAGUGCGGCAGUAACAGAAUUCCUGAGAAUACGCCCUAGAAACGGAGAACUUCUCAACGCAGCGCAGCACCAGAAAAUCUAAAAUGAAACCCCGUGUUUUGCUGCAGCUAGGUGUUUCUUUCCAAACUGCACAUUUGGGAGCUUGUGGAGCGGUACGGGGUCGCGGGACGGGAGGGGAGAUUCGGGGACUUAUUCUGGGAGCGUCGAGCAAAGUGUCCGGUCUGUGUUAAUACUGUUAUAAAAGCACACGCUGGCAAUUUACAUAAUACUGUACUGUAAGAAACACUGUCUUAAAUAUUGUCUGUUUGUCUAAUAAAACAUAUUUUAUA